AUGGUGUGGUUUGGGUGUUCUGCUACUGUCACAGAUGAGACUCAAGAAGUCAUCUUGUCUACGGCCGGUUUCCGUGGUCUUGGGGAUGGCCCCUAUCAAACGGCAAUCGUCCGUACCUCCAUCAACCGUCCUGAUGUUUUCAUCAACGUGCAGCCUAUUCCAAAAGGUAAAACUGCCGGGUAUACCCAGAUGUACUCAAUGCUCGACGAUGCUGUGAAUCCAGUCUUAGGAGAGAUCACUCCAGAGCGGAUCCCGAAGACUAUCUUCUUUGUUGAUGGUAUUACCAAGGUUCGUGAGAUGAUGAAUGCAGGCCAUCAAUAUCUCUUGAUGAAAACCAAGAACUCGAUUCAACCGCCUCUAGCACCAGACGACGAGUUAGACGAAUUACGGGACGACGAUUUCCAAAGCCUUAUGGACCAGGUGGAAUCAGCUCAGGCAGGGGGGCUCCCUUUUGUAUUACCACGAAGGACACCAGGAACACAAGUGCUAGCAUAUCAAUAUACAAACAAGAAGUCUGCGUCUGGUCACAGGUCCUCGGUCUUUGCAGUUAUCAGUAUGUAUACUGCUUAA